UUAACCGGGUCAGAUUUGACAGCACUAUAAAACAGCAACCGUGCAAAACCUCUAGGGCUUUUGCUGGUGAAGGGUUUUUCUGAUUCAAAUGGAAAACCAACGCAGUAACAGCAGCAGCAGCUAUGGCGACAACUACAGUGAUAUUGAUGUAAACGCGAACAAUAAGCAAUGGAGAGCUGAAGAAACAAUUGCUGGAAACAAAGCGGCACUGGAAGCCUUACGUGAACUGAUACUUUGCCCCCUCCUUUAUUCUCAAGAAGCUAAAAAUCUUGGUCUUACAUGGCCCAGAGGUUUGCUUAUGUAUGGUCCUCCUGGAACCGGGAAGACAAGUUUGGUGCGUGCAGUUGUUAAGGAAUGUGGUGCCCAUUUAAUUGUCAUCAGUCCGCAUUCUGUUCAUAAAGCAUAUGCUGGAGAAGGUGAGAAACUUCUCCGUGAGGCAUUUUCAGAUGCAGCAUCUCAUGCACUCACAGGCAAAUCGUCCGUAAUUUUCAUAGAUGAAAUAGAUGUGUUGUGUCCACGCCGUGAUUCUAGUCGGGCGCAGGAUGUUCGCAUAGCCUCUCAACUUUCUUCUUUAAUGGAUGCAAACACGCGCCCAUCUAAUUCCUUAGCUCACGUUGCUGUGGUUGCAUCAACUAACAGAGUUGAUGCGAUUGACCCUGCACUAAGAAGGACAGGGCGUUUUGAUGCUGAAAUAGAAGUUACGCCACCUACUGAAGAAGAGAGAUUUCAUAUAUUAAAGCUCUACACUAAGAAUCUUCCUUUGGAACCCAAUGUUGACUUGCAAGCCAUUGCUGCAUCUUGUAAUGGGUUUGUUGGUGCUGAUCUAGAAGCUUUAUGUCGUGAGGCCGCGAUGUCUGCAGAGGGAAAUGAAAACGCCGGUGUGUUGUGCUUAACCAUGGAAGAUUGGAGACAUGCUAAAUCUGUAGUUGGCCCUAGCAUAACAAGAGGCGUGACAGUGGAAAUCCCCAAGGUGUUUUGGGAAGAUAUCGGUGGACUAAAGGAUUUGAAGGAAAAGCUCCAACAAGCUGUUGAGUGGCCUAUCAAACAUGCUGCAGCAUUUUCAAGGAUGGGAAUAUCACCUGUCCGUGGUGUGCUUCUGCAUGGGCCUCCAGGAUGCUCGAAAACAACUCUUGCUAAGGCUGCAGCUAAUGCUGCCCAAGCUUCGUUUUUUUCUUUGAGUGGUGCAGAGUUAUAUUCAAUGUAUGUUGGAGAGGGUGAAGCAUUGCUGCGUAACACAUUCCAAAGAGCUCGCCUUGCAGCUCCAAGCAUAAUAUUUUUUGAUGAGGUUGAUGGUGUUGCUGCUAAACGAGGUGGGAAUUCAAGUAAUAGCACUACAGUUGGAGAGAGGCUUCUAUCUACUUUGUUGACUGAAAUGGAUGGUCUGGAACAAGCUAAGGGAAUUCUUAUUUUAGCUGCCACAAAUCGUCCUCAUGCAAUAGAUGCUGCUCUUAUGCGUCCAGGGCGCUUUGAUAUGGUGUUGUAUGUACCUCCACCUGAUUUUGAGGCUCGAUAUGAGAUACUUCUUGUUCAUACCCGUAAAAUGAAGAUAGGCGAUGAUGUCAAUCUAAGAAGAAUAGCAGAAGAUACAGAGUUGUUUACUGGUGCAGAACUAGAAGGUCUUUGUUCGGAAGCUGGAAUUGUUGCUUUGAGGGAAGACAUAUCGGCCACUGUUGUGUGCAACCGUCAUUUCCAGACUGUAAAGGAUUCGCUGAAACCAGCAUUAACUGCUGCGGAUAUAGAAAAAUAUUCAUCAUUUAUGAAGACCCGCAAGACCUCUUCUAGCGGAAUUGGAUCUUAUAAUAGUGAUAGCAGCGGACACAGUCACAAGUUGUUUCAUACGACUAUUGCUCUCAAAAUUGGUGUAUUAAGCUUUGUAUUGCUUGCUGCUGCCAAAUAUCUUACGUAUAGGAACAGGACCAGACAAGGUGUAUCACCAACCUGAAAACUGUUAAUGUAGCUUCAGAUUCAUUUUUAUGUUUAUUAUCUUUCAAUAUUCAUUUUAUCUA